AUGUCAAUAGAGACUGACCACGUGCGCAAGUUUGGGCGUUACUCUGGUCGGGUGAGGUUCGAGAACAGCAACCCCAUCAAGAACUCUGCUCUGAUCAUCCUGAACACAGAGCAGUCGGACGAGGGCAGCUACACCUGCCAUAUCUCCACCUUCCCCAGUGGAAAUUUUGAGAAGAAGAUCGCCCUCACCGUCUGGAGUAAGACUCAUCAUCCUUUCUGCUUCCUCCUUUACAACCAUAAUAACAGCCGUGGGAAUACUGUUUUUGGACGGAUCCUUUGUGAAAACCGCACCAGCGAGACUGGGUCAGUGUCCAGCUACUUCUCGCUCCACCCCCUGCGUAGCAUGAACGGGAAAAAGCUGGACUGUUUAGUGUGGCAUCCCGGCCUGGAGGAGCCGCGUAGGAUCAGCAACCACCUGGAGGUUCAAUACCCCCCAGAUGCUACGAUCACGACGUCCUCAUCUCGUUGGUAUGUGGGUUUGGAGAAAGCUGAGCUGGCGUGCGAAGGCAGGGGACACCCCAAACCUCAAAACUUCACCUGGACGUGGAAAGGGGGAGCUCUGCCUGACGGGGUGUCUGUGGUUGGAGGGAAGCUCCUCUUUCAGCGGCCCGUUCACUUGAGUGACAGUGGGGCCUACGAGUGCAUGGUCACGAACAGUGUGGGAAGGGGAAAAACUGAGUAUAUGCUCAAUAUAGAUGAGAUGCAAUGGCGCAUUGGUGAAACCCCUCCUGAUAACCUGCUGCUGAUCAUAAUUUGUGCCUCCACCGGAGGUGUAAUCCUCCUCCUGAUCAUCAUCAUCUUGGUGGUUCACCGCCAUCAUCGACGUAGAACGAACAAGCUUAAGAGACAACUAUCUGAAAAAUCGGAUGAAAUUAGGAGUUUCUCUAGGCAAGCCUCUUUCAGGAGAAUAAACUCUACCAGCACAGACUUCAGAUACCAGGGUGAAGACUCUAUGCUCAGAAUAGACAGCCGAAUGAAAAACAGCCAAAUGUCUCUGGAGCACACCCAUUCCACUCUGGGUGGGAGGUGGGGGCCAGGAGACGUAGAACUGGAUGAACUGGGACGUCCGGUCAUCUGGUGUGAAGGCAGCGAUAUUCCAGGAGGAGUGGAGGUUGACGGAGGGAAGGAGGCGCAAAGGAAGAGGGUGGAGUCAUACGUGAAGAGCAGUAGCAACAUGUCACUGGACUCAGGUCUUCCUUCAUCUUUGGUUCCUCUGAAGGCUCAGCAGGAUGACAGCAGCGGGCCCAGAGAACCAGACGCCUGCCAGCCCAGGGAGAGAGAGGACUGGGCUCCCACACAGUCUGAAGGACACGACAGUGACGAAGAUGGGAGCCCCUACCAGUUAUCACAGACUCUCAAGAAUUACUUUGACUACAGCAAUGGGGCCAUCAGGCCCAAGCCAAGUAACAAUUCCAUUAUUCUACACCCCAGAGGACAGCUGAUCUAGACAGGACUCUCAUCUGUGAUAUAAAAAGAGAGACUGUCUGUAUCUCUGCAUUGACUCUGACUGUGACUUUUGAUGUUUGCUUUGAAUAUAUCGGAAGGGUAAUUCGUCUCAGGUACUAUCCCAAUGCUGAUGAUUGUUGAUUUUUACUUUAGAGAUUCUUCCUUAUUUCUAUUAAUCAAAAGAAGAUUUUGAGUUGUUCUUUUGAGCAUUUUAUGAGUUCAUCAGUGAGGUAAUAAAAAAGGAGGAAUAAUUUGGUGGAAGAGAAAAAAAAAAGUCCUGAGCCAGAUACGACUGGUAUGCUAGAACUGGAACGUUUUGGACCCAAAUUAUUUUGAAGUUCCACUAAUGUAGAAUUACGUUUAUAGAGAGUUUUGCCCUGAAAGGUAUGCAAACGAAAAGUAUUUUUGUUCUUUAAGGUAUUGUAUUAAGAAUCCUGUUACAAAUGUUUACUAUGUUUGGUGCAAAGCUGAGUUUUGCAUCCAGUGCAUACAUGUAAAUAGAUAUAAAGGACUUGAGAAUCCUGCCUCAUGCAGGACAAUAUGUAUAUAUUGCAUAUGUUUAUAUACCAUGGCCACGGGUGGCACGGUGGUUAGCACUGUUGCCGCACAGCAAGAAGGUCCUGAGUUCAAUUCCAACAUCAGGCCGGGGUCU